AUGUGAGACGGUGGCGGUUCGGCCGACUCCAUAGCUAGGGCCAAUUCGAUCUCCACCGUCUGACAGAUCAUGUUUGGUUACUACAGGGCGGCGCCGCUUUGUAAAUUACGAAAAAAACAAAGAUCGGAAAACAGAAUAGAACUCUGUGGAUACAAUUUGUACCGAAAAUGAGAAGAAAAAAAGGAAAUACUGUGGCAGCUUAUCAUUCUCGACGCCAUGCAUGCCGACCACGUACCUGCUGCCGUGUCUGUUUCAUUGGUUACCUCUUCCAUGUAUUUCUCUCUCUUUGAGAUAUGAGUUGAAGCUGAACCUGGAUAUAUAGAACGCAUAAUCUUGGAGGGUAUAGUAUUGAAGUGCCAAACCCUAACUAAGUCUUGUGGCGCGUGUUUGACGAGUAUCAGAUCAUCGAUAUGCAGUCUGGAAAGGAGAAGAUGAGCAACAUGGCCAGUGCUGCCAAGGAAAAAGCAGAGGUUUACAAAUCCAAAGCGGAAGAGAAGGUUGAGAAGAUGACAACGAGUACAGAGGAAGAAAAAAGAAUAGCGGAGGAGAAGAGAGGAGCCAAAGAAGCAGAAGCAAAAAUGAAGCUGCAUGAAUCGAAAGCAGAGCAUGCAGCCGGUAAAUUGGCUACUGCUGGCCCUGCAACUGGUGCUCCGAUAGGGACUGGAGUUCCGGCAUAUCCCCUGGGAGGUUACAGCACCCGGAAACUGCCCUAGUCAUAGCUAGUAUCAGUUGGUAGUCUAGUCAUGCAUGCAGUCAUGCUUUUGUAUUCGAUAUAAUCAUUAGCUUAGGUUUCAUCUUGCAAGCAGUUAGCAGGUUUCUCGUUGUGCGAGAAUAGUCUGUUCAUCUAGCAAAUUAGUAAGGUGUUAGCAUUAGAUCUCUUUUAUGGGAUAUCUCUGUUCUUAUAUGCAGUGUUGGAAACUUGAAAUGGCAGCAGUUCAUA